CAGACGAUAGAAGUUAAGCCGUGUACACCCAAAAUGAGGAGGAAUCUACUAAGUUUAACGUUGGUUAGCCUUGCGGUUUUUACGGGUGCUGAACAAGCUGAGUUUGGGAAUGUACAAAAUCAGCCUGAAAAUUUGUUCUCCACUAACCUGCACACAUAUGGCUAUAACCCGGAAUAUAUUUCGGGUAAUGUUACAAUUCUGAAGGACCUGUCAAAUGAAGAACGCGUGUUGGUGGGCUUCAAGGAAAAUCACGGACAUUUUGUGAACUUUCCGGCAUUCAUAGAUAUGCCCAUCUGCGACGCUAUCAAGAAAUACUUUAAUCCUUACAUCAAAACUAUGCUCAGGACGGGCGAGAAUACUAACCUGGACUUUAAGGAUGGGAGUGUGUGCCCCUUGCCAAAAGGAAAGUACUGGGUCAAAGACAUCGUGCUGGACUCUUCUAAGUGGGAUCUUCCAUUUUGGGGGCUAUAUGGCACCUACACUGUUGAUGUUACGGUCUUACAUAAAUACGGAACACCGGGCGGCAAAAUUGUCUUACAAGCAGCCCCGAUACGUCCAAAGAGAACAAAUUAUUAUACUUAUUAAGCUUUCUCAGUUAUUUUUCUUGUCAAUCAAACAAAAACAUCACUGAACGAUGUAUAAACCAAGUGACGAUCGCACUUACAGCAAACAAAAGCUCUGAUAUCAACUAUUGAGAGGAAAAUAUCGCAUAAUGAUCUACUAAAUAAAUACAUUUUCUUAUUUCCUUUUUAGCAAGCAAAA